AUGUUGGGGACUGCUGCUAACUGUUUCACCUUGCGAUUCUGCUAUGGCAGCCCGAGUAUGUGCAGUAUGUCCCCGAUCUCCCCGGGCCCAGAGCUCUGGGACACGACGGAGAAGGCGUUCUUGUCGAACCUUUCUCCCAGCGCAGCAAGCACGACAGCCCCCUUGGAGGCCAGCCGCGCCGCCAGUGAACACCAGGGUCCUUCGUCACUAUCUCCAGAGCGGUUAACCCUGAUGCUGGGCCGACGGUCGCUGUCAAGCACAGCCAAAGAUGCCGUGUCCAGAACAGACUCGCCAACUCCGGGCAGCCCCUGGGCCGAAGUUCCCUCUCUGCAGAGCUGCGUGGCAUCUCAAGAGAAGCUCUCGAAGGCCGCGAAGUGGGCGGCCGCACGGCUGGGGUCUGGCAACGAGGCCGUUGAGGCUGCCCGCCGCCAUCUGAGAGACUUGCGAUCUCGUCAGGGCAGGCUCUGCUUCAAGGCUACAGUGCGCUUUCACAAGGAAACCUUGGCGUUUGAGCUGCAAGAACUGGCGCGUGGUCACGCUGGUGGCUUCGAGGACUUCCAGGCCGCUCUGCGGGCUGCCGAAGCUGACCUUGGCCAAGCACACCCUGUCGUAGAGGCUGCUCGCAAAAAAGCUCACAUGAUAAAGCUACAGCAAAAAGCUGGAGCUCACAAGGAUCUCGAGGCGAGACACUGCCUUGACCUGCUGGCGAGUUCCGAAACCAGGGACUUGCGAGUUCUGGCAGGUAGCAUCCAGGCCGCGGCCAAAGCAUUGGGAGCUGCCCAUCCAAUCGUAGAGAAGGGCCGCCAGGAGUUCCUGCAGCAGCGACAUGAGCUGCAGCGUCACCAGUGGGAGGAAUGUGUGGCCAUUCAUCACACCCUGAUGGUCGAAGCCUGUGAGUCGCAAGAUCCAGAGCAGAUUGAAGCCCGGAUCCUGGCGUCAGCGCACAGCCCGCUUGGACAAGGCCAUGAUAUUGUUCUCUACGGCAAGCGCUACUUGCUGCCUUGCAGCGUGCAGCCAUCGAGGCUAGGCAGACACGGUGCGCCAGUCUCCUGCGAGCCUCCUCGGGCGUCGCCGAACGCGAGAUGCGUCGCUUGGAAGCCGCUCUCCGAGCCUAAACAGGCUAAAACCGUCGAAGAGCUUCCCGGUCGACUGAGAGCUUUUUUGUGUUGUGCUGACGGCGACGCCGAGACGACGACGGAGACUAAAAGAGGAAGACGACGAGUAAUCGCACACGAUUGCCGGUAUUUGUGGGGCUGUUGGUGUGCCAAUGCUGUUGGUAGCUGUGUUUGGUGCUACUGCCACGACUACUGCCAUGGAGAUCGAUGUAAGUACCAGUUACAGUUUUACCUGUAA